AAAUAGCUCCUAUUUGAACUAUUCACUCAAUAGGUGUUUCACAAGGAAUGAAAUGAUUCUAACAUUAUAUUAAUGAUUAUUAUCAAUGAAUUACAAUUUCCUUUGCGAUUUAUAAUUAUUAAUAAUUCACCUGAAUUUUAAAAUAUUUGAUAUGCGCAUAUAUUUAUCGAGUAUAACCUCAAAUUACGAAUGGCUUUCAACAAUAACCUUCUUAAAAGAUCUUGUUCUUUGGUGAAGGUUCUGGAGGAUGUGUGGCAAGGCUUUAGCAUUAUGGCAUCAAAUAAUAAAAGCUUAAAAAUGGCUAAGAAAAUUGGAACUCAUAACGGUGUAUUCCACUGUGACGAAGUUUUAGCGUGCUAUAUGUUGAAGAAAUUACCCUUGUAUAAAGAUGCUGAUAUUGUGAGAACUAGAGAUGAGGCAAUUCUAUCUACUUGUGACAUAGUGGUUGAUGUGGGUGCAGUAUAUGAUCCUGUGAAAUGUCGAUUUGAUCAUCACCAAAGAAAUUUUGUUGAAACGUUAUCAUCCAUUAGGCCAGAUUUAGUAAAAAAUAAGUUCAUUAAAUUGAGUUCAGCUGGCUUGGUCUAUGCUCAUUAUGGUUUAGACGUUAUAUCAGAAAUAUGCAAUUCUCAUGAUAUAAGCUUAGAUUCAGCUUCACUGAUAAAUCUGUUUGCUUAUGUUUAUGAUAUUUUUGUUGAAGAAAUGGAUGCUAUUGAUAAUGGUGUAGCUAUGUAUCCUGAGGGAAAACCUUUAUAUAGAAUCAAUACUAAUUUAAGUUCUAGAGUUGGAAGGUUAAAUCCCAAAUGGAAUGAACCUGAAAGGAGCUCAAAUAUAGACAAUUUGUUUCAAAAGGCUAUGGCUUAUGUUGGAGCUGAAUUUGAAGAAUGUAUAUUAGAGGCAGCAACAGUAUGGUGGCCAGCUAGGGAAAUAGUUAAAAAAUCUAUCAAAGGAAGGCAUGAAGUACAUCCUUCUGGGGAAAUAUUUCUUCUAGAGGAAAGGUGUUCUUGGAAAGAUCACUUAUAUGCAGUUGAAGAAGAGCUUGGAAUUGAAGGGGAAUUGAAAUUUGUAAUUUUCAGUGAUAUAUCUGGGAGUUGGAGAGUGCAAGGGAUUCCAGUACAACCUGACAGUUUUAUUUGCAGAGUUUUUCUUCAUAGAAGUUGGAGAGGUGUAAGAGAUGAAGAUUUAUCAGUAUUGUCAGGUAUUGAAGGAUGUGUUUUUUGUCAUUCUACUGGUUUUAUUGGAGGUAACAAAACUAAAGAAGGAGCUCUUGAAAUGGCCGUCAGGAGCUUGAAUGCAUCUACUGCCGAUAAGGAGUAAUCUAUAAUUAGAAUUAAGUUUAAUUAAUUCGGUGAAUUAAAGGUUCUCAACAGUU